CCCCACACUUCUGUCUCCCCCCCCUCCAUGCAUGUAAGAGCUUUUUUUAUUUUAUGAGAGAGUUUGCAGCAGCGUUGUUCUGAGCUGAGUUCUGGAGGGAGGGUCUGAGAGUGGGAGUUUUUAUGUCGCUGCUCUCGUUCAGUGGAUGCUCAGUGGCCCUUGAACGGCUCGGAUUGAACUGCUGACCGGCUGGCUCACAGGUGGAGCUUAUAGGGGGAAACAGUGAGAGUGCCCUGUGAGGAACACUUGGAAGGACCGUUGCAGGAGCCGGCAGCAUGUGGAGGAUCCAGACGUGGCUGCUUGUCUCGGCCCUCUGCGCUGGGAGCCUGGAGGCCUGGUUUUGGAACCCAAAACCAAUUCCCAACACAGAAAUCCCAACAGAGACGACGGCAGUGACAGGUGCCACCGUGACUCCCAGUGGCACGGAGACGAUGAAGGUGGCGGUGAUGGAGGAGGAGGAUGACAACCUGUCCGGGGUUGGGGAAGAAAUCAUCAACGUGGCCACAGGAAUCCCUAAGAUUGUCGAGACGUGGGACGGGACCCCGACCACCACGACUACUAACGCGGGCCUUACAGAGAAGGUGGAGAGCGUGACCCUGAACAUGACGGAGGAGAGUGGUGUCUCCUUGCUCCAGCUGAUAGGAGACCCUCCACCCAGUGAGAUCGCCAGGGUCUACGGGCCGAGAGGGGAGACCGCCUAUGCCUUCUCCGCCGCGACGGUGUCGGGCCAGCCGGCUCUGGCCCACGUCCCCAACCCAUUCUACCGCCACUUCUCCCUCCUUUUCCACAUCAAGCCAACCACUCCCGCCGCCUCCGUCCUCUUCUCCAUCAUCGAUGGGCCCCAGAAGCUCAUGUACGUUGGCGUCAAGCUCAGCGCCGUGAAGUCCGGCCGCCAGAGGGUGCAGUUCUUCUACACCGAGCCCGACUCGGAGGCUUCGUAUGAGGCGGCCGCCUUCGACGUCCCCAGCAUGGUGGACACCUGGAGUCGCUUCUCGCUGUCCGUCUUCGAGGAGCAGGUGACCUUCUACCAUGGCUGCGACUCGGAGCAACGGGUGGUGAGGUUUGAGCGUUCCCCGGACCCCAUGGAGUUUGACAAUGGGGCGGGGAUCUUCGUGGGUCAGGCGGGAGGAGCCGACACUGACAAAUUCCAGGGGGAGAUCGCUGACCUGAAAGUAGUUGGAAACCCUCAGGCUGCCGAGCGCUUGUGUGACGACGAGGACGACACUGACGUGGCCUCUGGGGAUUAUGGCAGUGGCGAUGGCGAGAGGAGACAAACGGGACACGGUGUCAGGACAACCACUGCACCCUCCCGUCCGGUACCUGAGCCGCCGCUGAUAUCCUCAAAAGGAACCCGACUGAAGGAAUCAGGUCCCAGUGGUGGUCAAGGUGAGAAAGGUGACAGAGGAGAGAAAGGCUCUACGGGGGACAGAGGCCCCUCGGGGCCGAAGGGAGAUUCGGGGUCCAGCUCUGGCUCUGGUGUCUCCUCUCAGGGUGGAGGAGGAGGACAGAAGGGGGACAAAGGUUCAAAGGGCAGUUCUGGCUUCGGAUACCCCGGCAAUAAAGGAGAACGUGGGGCUCAGGGGCCUGCCGGGCCCGCUGGUCCUGCCGGACCUGCGGCUGAGGUGGUCCGACUCGGGGACGGCUCUGUUGUGCAGCAGAUGGCCGGACCCGCCGGACCUCCGGGGCGGCCAGGGUCGGAUGGAGCCGCAGGAACUCCAGGAACCGAUGGGGAGAAUGGUGAUCCAGGAGAGGAUGGAAAAGCUGGUCCUGCUGGGCCACGAGGUUUCCCAGGAAAUCCAGGAACAUCUGGUGCCAGCGGCCAAAAGGGUGACCUUGGAGAGGGUCAGCCAGGACCCAGAGGGUCCCCAGGUCCACCAGGGCCCCCUGGACCUGGCACUGGUGAUCGCCCAACGUUUGUUGACAUGGAGGGUUCAGGAUUCCCAGACUUGGACAAAUUCAGGGGUGCCCGUGGUCCUCCCGGUCUUCCUGGCCCUCCCGGGAUCCCUGGUACUUCAAUAGGACUGGGAUCCAAUGGUCCUGUAGCCUUCGGACCCCCGGGACCACCGGGACAAGAUGGAGUCCCUGGUCUGCCCGGCCCCUCCGGUCGUCCUGGUACUCCUGGUCAGCCUGGACUCAGAGGAGAGAAGGGUGACUGUGAACGGCUCGGUCUUUCAGGAGCAGCUGGUGAAAAGCAAGACACACAGGACUCCAACUUUUUCACAGGCCUCUUCUCUUACUUUAAUCCAUCCCCUACGGGUUCUACGGGCGAUCCAGGACACACUGGUGUACCAGGGCAGUCUGGGCUUGCAGGGCUUCCAGGUCCCAUGGGACCAGUUGGACCUGCAGGGCCUCCCGGGCCACCGGGCCCAUCUUACCGUGUCGGUCAUAGUGACAACAACGGAUACGAGAUGACCGAUGGCUUACCUGGACUCGCAGGCCCACCCGGACCACAGGGUCCGACUGGUAUUGCAGGUCUCCCCGGUAAGCCAGGUUUUCCCGGCAGCCACGGAGACAAAGGAGCAGAAGGAGGACGAGGACCACCUGGGAUGCCAGGCACGGACGGAUUCAAAGGGCAGUCGGGUGAAAAGGGAGAACGAGGAUGGAAAGGCGAGAUUGGUCUGCCGGGACGCGACGGUGGACCACCCGGAGCUCCAGGGCCUCCCGGGCCUCCAGGACAGGUCGUCUCCCAGCCAACAAGUGAUGGAGGAGCUGGUACUCCAGGUCGAGCAGGAUUCCCGGGGCCCGUGGGACCAAAAGGAGAUAAAGGAGAUUCAGGUCCUCCAGGAUAUGCACCUCAGGGACAGAAAGGCGAGCCUGGCAUCAUCAUGGGGCCCGAUGGGACACCAAUGUACCUGGGUGGCCUGGGAGGACAGCAGGGUGAGAUGGGACCCCCUGGCCCUGUGGGACCUGCAGGCUCAUAUGGUUCUGAGGGCCAGAAGGGAGAGAUUGGGCUCCCAGGACGACCGGGGCGGCCUGGGCUAAAUGGCUUCAAAGGCGAGAGGGGAGAUUCAGGCAGUGGAUCUGGAUAUGGACACCCUGGUCCUCCAGGUGUACCAGGCCCUCCUGGACCACCCGGACCUCCAGCUCCCAUCGACAGACUCGGAGGACACGUGGAUUACUCCAGACACUACCCAGCUGUUAAAGGAGAGAAAGGAGAUCCUGGACCAGAAGGGUUUCUUCAAAUUCCAGGUCUCGGGUCCAACUACGACAUUUACGCUUUAAAGAAUGAGUUGAAAGGAGACAGGGGCCAUGAUGGCUACAAAGGAGAGAAAGGAGAACCAGGAGGAGGACAUUAUGACCCCCGCUAUGGAGCCGGUGGACACGGCAGCCAAGGAGCUCCUGGACCUCAAGGCCCUCAAGGUGACUCCAUCGUUGGCCCACCAGGCCCUGAGGGUCCAUCGGGUCCACCAGGAAGAGGCUACGAUGGGCAUCCCGGACAGCCAGGGCCCCCUGGACCCCCAGGACCUUCUCUAUCUGAAACCCACAGGGGCACACAGACGAUCAAUAUUCCUGGGCCACCGGGACCACCUGGAGUGCCUGGACUACCUGGACACACGUCUGGGGUGACGGUGUUGAGGUCUUAUGACACCAUGACAGCCACUGCUCGAAGACAACCCGAGGGCUCGCUAGUUUACAUUUUGGACCAAACAGAUCUCUACUUACGGGUCCGCGAUGGAGUUCGACAAGUCCAGCUCGGGGGCUAUAUUCCUUUGCCCAGAGAGGAUGGUAAUGAGGUUGCAGCGGUGGAGCCCCCACCCGUCGUCCCCUACUCCCCGGAUCACCACUCCAACACUGACUCCCAUAGCCACGCUGACAGACAGCCACAGCCUGACGGGCCCCAUGUGACGCACACAGACCCUCGAUAUGCGCCAAACCCUGACCCCAGAUACACAACCCGCCCUGAUCCCCGGUAUCAGCCAGAUCCGCAGUAUCAGCCAGAUCCCCGGUAUCAGCCAGAUCCCCGGUACCCGGUGCCGGCAGAUCCAAGGUUUCCAAGUUACACAGACCGACAAGGCCAACCGGAUGGUAGAUAUUCUGUCAACACGGCCCAUGAACGCUACCCCGUCACACCUCAGCGAAGACCUCAUCUUCCUGUGGCCGAGACCCCAGCCCACCAUCACACUUCAGGUCCAGGGCUCCACCUGAUCGCCCUGAACAGCCCCCAGACCGGCUCCAUGAGGGGGAUCCGCGGAGCAGACCUCAUGUGCUUCACCCAGGCUCAGGCCAUCGGGAUGAAGGGAACUUUCCGGGCUUUCCUGUCCGCCAGGCUCCAGGAUCUCCACAGUAUCGUCCGCAGGGCCGACAGGGACCGCAUGCCAAUAGUGAACCUGAAGGAUGAGGUUCUGUUUGACAACUGGGACGGCAUCUUCAAUGAUGGCCGAAUGAAGGAUAACGUGGCGAUCUACUCCUUCGAUGGCAAGGAUGUUCUCAGCGACAACACAUGGCCAGAGAAGAUGAUGUGGCACGGGUCGACCAGCACCGGUCUGCAGCAUGCCGACGGCUUCUGCGAGACGUGGCGCGUGGGCGACCGGGCUUUGAACGGCAUGGCGUCGUCGCUGCAGAGCGGCAAUCUGCUCCAGCCGAGCUCCAGCAGCUGUUCCAGCUCCUACGUGGUGCUGUGCAUCGAGAACAGCUACAUCUCUAAGAGAUAAACACACACAUACACACACACACACACACACACACACACACACAUGCAUAUAUAAACACAAAUACACACAACACUGGACAAAGGGAAAUCCCAAAGCGGUCAGCCAGGCUUUUGUCCACACUUUUAUCUACAGUAUGUGGUGCUUUGUAAAUAAUUUUAUUUUGUUCUAAUAAAUAAUUAGUUUCUGUUUGUUAGCCCUUCUUAUACGGUGCUAUACAGGAUUAUCCCUAUGUUGAACCAAAGUUGAGCUCAGGAGACACAGUCACUCACCCUGUGGAAGUCUGAACCCUAAAAGCCGACCGUGUGUUGCCGUGUGUGACUCGUUGGCUCAUACGCUGAUAUAAAUAUUGAAAUUACUUAGCUCGGUGCAAACAAAGCUUCGUCCAAAACCACUUUUCUUUUUUGGAAAUAACGUCCUGGUUACUCUUGAUAAUGAGCAGAACACACGCACUGAUAAAUGUUGUCUUUAUAAGGACCAUUACUUUGGUAGAAAGUAGCUCCUGCACUCAUGACAGCGUGAAGCACAUUCUGGAUUCCCCCAGUUUGAGCCUCUUAUGUAUGACUUUUAAAAUAUUAGUCAAAGAGCUAAGCAUCAGAUUUUCUAUAGAUAUAAUAGUAAUUUUAAAUAAUUAAAAACUGCAAUAGACAGAAUCUCUACAGAACUUUGUUUGACACCUGUAAAUAGUUCAUAAGUUACAAUAAUUUCUGAAUUAAUAGAUUAAAAAUAAGUUAUGAUGAUAUUUGGGCAUUCCAAUUUCGUCUCGGUGUUUUUCUUAAAAACCUUUUUAUACGUUGUGACUGUGACAUGAUGCAAAUACAUGAGAGGCAGUUAUAUCUCAGAGAGGGACACACCACUGUGAUAACUUGUAGAAAUGAUGUCUUAACUACCAUAAAAGAACUGUGGAAUAAGAAAUACAAAUAGACUCCUCAUGUUUCCUUGUUGUUCCUGCAGUGAUAUGAUAAUUUACAGCUAAAUACCCCAAAUAACAGUGGUAAAACUCAUUUAAACAAGGCUUCCUGUGUCUUGAAUACCACAUUUACUACUAUAUACAGUAUUUUCCAGUGCUGCUGUCAUCAACACAUUUCAUCCUCCACAAGCGGGCUACACAUUGUACAUGAAAUCCAUGUUUUUUCUCCUUUCCACUGAUGUUAUCUGUAACCAAUAGCACUCGAGUAAUCACCUUUGUCACUUUGCUUCUGUCUUACAUGGGAAGGUGUGUCCACAUGGUCUUUUUUAGCAAUAACAAAAGGGAUAUUUAUUUUUUACAAACUGUGCCUUUUUCUUUCUAUCUCAGCUAUAACGUGUGAUGUGAACACUUUCCCCGAGAAUAACAACAUUUCCAAAUAUAUCCAGCACAAAGAUGUUUAAAUGUGUGUCUUAAUCCUGAGGUUACAGUUUCCCGCUGAUAUAAAGUUUGUAUGCAUACAAAAAAAUAAAUAAUGCAUGUACAGAUAUGUGGAAAAGAUUCAGCCAUAAAUGUUUUGUGCGCUUGUUGCUUCUCAGUUGUUUUGCUUCAGGCACUGCAGCCAGCGUAGUGGAGUCUCUUCUGGAGACCUGAAUGAAAUGUCGUGUACUAACAGAGCCAUAACCAACUCAGUGUAUCAACUCCUGCAGGUUGCACUCUGUCAACUUUUUAUUACAUGAGCGACGUUUUCUGAAAUGCUGCAUCUCGGCGAUAAAUAAAUCUGUGUGGAAACUGUGA